AUGCUCAAGGAGGUCCCCGACCCCGUCACCGGCUUCCCCUUGCGAUGGGAGGCGGCCAAGGAGGGUGCAGCUGUGGUGCAGACCGACCACCCUCAUGUGGCAGCCUUGGCGCCAAGCGCGCUGGGACGCCCGGGCCACGCGAGCUCAAAGGAGGGUGGGGCACUUCAGCAGAGCGAGGCGAAUGACGAGGCAAUUAGCGAUGCCGUGGGCGCGCGCUGA